AUGCUGCAUGCUGCGAUGGAGCAAGUGCUGGGGCCAAAUAUACUAACAUUCAUGCCCACAGUCACGUCCAGUUUGGGAGAUCAAGCAGAUGGAGCCUCUGGAUUUACGUACGAGGCCGUGCUUGCUGCACCAACCGCACCAGUCGAGCAAGGCGUCGACAUGACCGAAACAAAGCGCAACAUUGACGCAAUGCUUGCACGCAUGUUUGCAAGCUUGCACAGCGCGCCGAAAGUGAAAAAAGAAGAUAUUGCGUUGCUGGAGAAGUGCAUCAAGCGGCUUGGUAAUGACGGGCUAACGUUUACCAAAUCACACGUUUCAUGGUCAGAGGCGUGGGCUUUGUUUGCACAUAACCCGCUCAAACUGCAAGCAAUGCUUGCCUAUGCUGACGAUGCACAAGGCGUGCCGCUUGUGCGCUUGGAAAAGACGAACUUUGUGGAUUUGUGGCCGUGGAACGUGGACGAAGCCGUGCUGUUGCGAAAAACAAAGCCCGUCAAGGCGGUCAAAGUUCUGGGCUGGUCCGCAGCCUCGCUUCCUCCCGAACUGAGCGGCAUUGGUCUUUUACAAAAUACCCAGCCGAUGCUUCGCAUUCGUGCUAUUUCCUUCCCUUCAAAUGCAGCAUUGCAAGCAUACAAUACCAGCAUCGCUGAAUCUGAAAAGUCGGACCACCGACUUCUUGGGAUCGCUCAGAGUCUCUUUUUCUCGCACGAGUCUUCGCCAGGAAGCCCAUUUGUAAUGCCGCAUGGGAUGCGCUUGAUACGUAAGGUAGAACGUGUCAUUCGCGACCUGUACGCCGCGUUUGGGUACGAAGAAGUCCAGACUCCGCAACUAUACCGCAGCACACUCUGGAAACAAAGUGGACAUUGGGACAAGUACCGCGAAGAUAUGUUCAGCGCCAAAGGAUUUGCCGACGAGCCAGAAGAACAUGCGAGCUGUGGUGCGCACGACCACCAAGCAAACUUGUUCGGGUUAAAGCCCAUGAACUGCCCAGGCCAUUGUGUCAUGUUUGCUCACCAGCCGCGCUCGUACCGUGAACUGCCGCUCCGGCUUGCCGAGUUUAGUCCUUUGCACCGUAACGAAGCGUCGGGCGCCUUAUCUGGCUUGACACGCGUGCGCCGCUUCCACCAAGACGAUGCGCAUGUUUUUUGUACGGCCGACCAAGUCGGUACAGAGAUCCAAGCGAUGCUGCACAUGCUUGCCCUGGCGUACGGCGUCUUUGGUUUUGGCAAUCGAUUCGAGCUUGUACUGUCCACGCGCCCUGAUAACUUUAUCGGCGACAUUGGCCUCUGGGAGCAAGCCGAGGACAGCUUGAAGCAAGCACUUGAAAAAAGCGGGCGGGCGUGGGCAUUGAACCAAGGCGACGGUGCGUUUUACGGCCCCAAAAUUGACAUUCGUCUUGUCGAUGCCAUGGGCCGGAAACACCAAACAGCGACUAUCCAGCUUGACUUCCAGCUUCCUGAGCGGUUUCAGCUUGAGUAUGCGGUGCCGGAAGGAGGUAGUGAGGGACAGGGCACACACACCGGCCAUGCACGCCCUGUCAUGAUCCACCGCGCGAUUUUAGGCAGUUUUGAGCGGUUUCUUGCCAUUUUGCUCGAGCAAUGUCGGGGCUGGUGGCCGUUCUGGAUGAGCCCGCGCCAAGCGGUGGUUAUCCCUACGUUCAGCUCGACCGAUACUCAUGUCCAGGACAAGAUUCUCGCGCAUGCGAAACAUGUACACCACGCCUUGAGCCAUGGUGGAAAGACGGCAGACGAUACCAAAAAGCGCCCAUUUCUAUCCCCGACCAUGGCCGAUCAUGCGCUGCAAGUGCCUACGCGUUCACGCUUUGACGUGGAGCUGCCCACACUGUACUUAGAUCCAUCGGGCGAUACACUUGGCAAAAAGGUGCGACAAGCCCAGCUGCACCGGUACAAUUUCAUGCUCAUUGUGGGAGAGCAGGAGGCAGGGCAAAAUACCGUUUCCCUUCGUAUUCGCGACGAACGCAACGCGCCUGCUUGGCACACGAGUCUCGAGGCGGAGAACAUGCAAGGCUCCGUUCCCAAAGCCAAAGUACAAGACAUGAUUCUUGACGCGAUGCAGGCCACCUUUCCAGACAAAUUCGCCGCCGAUUGGACGCCAUCGGUGGAUCUCGGGCAAUGGAGCGUGCCCGAACUGCAUCGCUUGUUUGGCGUCUUGGAUGCGUUGCAUGUAUAA